ACCCGCGAUGGGACGACCAUCAUAACCUCUUCAUAUGACCUCCAGAUCUCGAGCUUCGUCAUCCCGACAGACCUGCUAGAGCCCAGAGAUGAGCCCCUCGUCCUGAGGCCUCACAAGACGCUCCGACUCGCCGAGCCAACCAAUGUCGUCUCGCCAGCCCCUUACUACGACAUACGCUUUCCAAAUACAGACCAGCUCCUAGUCGCCUGCCGUGACCACCCACUCCAGCUCUAUCAGGCACUCUCGCCUGGCGACAACGACGACAACAAUGACGCCCCACAGUCCAGGACCGGGACUGGGUGCGAUGCCCCUUUCGGCUCCUACCGACUCAUGUCCCCAACGACCGAGGCCUACCUGCCCAUCCACUCUCUCUCAUGGCCGCACCCGGGGACGCAUUUCUAUGUCGGCACCAGGGACCUCCUAGCCGAGUUCGACAUCACCCGCAGCGGUGAGGGCCCCACGGUCCGCCUCCCCACCAUCCCCUCUAGGCGUCAUAUCCGCAAGGGCAAUGGCGUCGGCAUGCGCGGCACCACAUCCGCCCUGGCCGCCCAGACCACCUCGGACGGCGCCCCCACGGGCCUGCUCGCCGCCGGCACCUGGACGCGAUGGCUUGGGCUGUACGACAUGCACCGCGGGCGCGAGUGUACCGCGACUUGGAGCAUCAAGGAGGCCGCCACUACCGGGGCCAUAGGCGGCGCCGGGAUCCUCCAGACGGCCUGGUCGCCGUGCGGACGCUACCUCCUGGCCUGCGAGCGGCAGUCGACAGGCGUGCUCGUUUACGAUGUCCGCAUCACCGGCAAGCUUCUCGGCGUCCUCGCUGGCCGCGACGCUUGCACCCAUCAGCGCCUGAGCUGCGACGUGUUCCCGGGUCUGGACAAUGUCGGCGGCUUCGAGGUCUGGGCCGGUACUAGGGACGGCGCCGUCAAGGUAUGGGAGGGCGUGGGCAAUACCGAGAGCUGCCAGUGGCCCUCGUGGGAUUUCUCUACUGCAGAUGGCAGGCCUGUCCCGCAGGAGGGACCUGGGUCAGGACCCAUGGCGCCGGCCGUGGGAAGCGUUGGUCUUCAUCAUAGCGGUUCCGUGGUGGCGACUGCUUCGGGAUGCUGGAACAUGCCUGGAGAGGAAGGAGACUCGAGCCCGCCAGGUGCAAGCCUUGGUGGCUCG